GCAAUUUCGGGGCGCUUUUGUUAUUCUAUCAUCUCCAUUUGGCAUUGCUUGGAGAUAAUUGUCUUUUUUGAGUGGGGGGGUGGCGUCCUUAACUUCGUUAAUUGUUGCGUUAAUUGUUCAUUUGACUAUUCAUCUAAAUAAUAUUAUAAAAAAUAUUCCAGCCUUCAUAACCAAAAAUUUAUGCACAAAUCUUAUAUUAGGUAUGGAUUAUCUCUUACAAUAUGAUUUAGAAAUCAAACGAAAAAAAACCAUUUUACAUAAUUUUAAUGGUCAUAAGAUGACGAUAUUUUUGGAAACAGAUGUAGCAAUUAUUGAUUGUCCUGUAACAUUAUCAAAUUCUAUGAAAAUAACACCAAACAAAUAA